AGCACUGCAGCGCAAUCGGUUCGGUUCGAGGAGGAGUAUUUUUUUGUGCAAUUGGAGUGCAAAAUUACCGUGAAAGAGUUCUGAAUCAAAUCUGAAGCAGCAAAAUAGUGCAGAAUCCUAGCGAUAAAAUGGUGUGGGGCUUUGUGACGUGCGGUCCAAACGAGGCGCUAGUGGUUUCAGGAUGUUGCCACAUGAAACCACUUCUAGUCCCUGGUGGGCGAGCAUUCGUUUGGCCCUCGAUCCAGCGAGUUCAACGCAUUUCCCUUAACACCAUGACACUGCAGGUGGAAAGCCCGACCGUGUACACCAGCCAGGGAGUGCCGAUUUCGGUGACCGGUAUCGCUCAGGUCAAAAUACAGGGCCAAAAUGAGGACAUGCUGCUGACGGCUUGCGAGCAAUUCCUGGGCAAAAGUGAAGCGGAGAUUCAGCACAUCGCGCUGGUUACCCUCGAAGGUCAUCAGCGAGCCAUCAUGGGUUCGAUGACCGUCGAAGAAAUCUACAAGGACCGUAAGAAGUUUUCCAAACAGGUCUUUGAAGUCGCCUCGUCCGAUCUGGUCAACAUGGGCAUUACCGUCGUGUCGUACACGCUGAAGGACAUUCGCGACGAGGAGGGUUAUCUGAAAAGUCUCGGAAUGGCCCGUACGGCCGAAGUGAAACGGGACGCUCGGAUCGGCGAAGCCGAGGCUCGUUGCGAUGCUGCCAUCAAGGAAGCUAUUGCCGAGGAGCAGCGGAUGGCUUCGCGUUUUCUGAACGAUACCGAGAUUGCCAAGGCGCAGCGUGACUUCGAGCUGAAGAAGGCCGUCUACGACGUGGAAGUUCAGACGAAGAAAGCCGAGGCGGAGAUGGCUUACGAACUGCAGGCAGCGAAGACCAAGCAGCGCAUCAAGGAGGAACAGAUGCAGAUUAAGGUAAUCGAACGUACGCAGGAGAUUGCCGUUCAGGAGCAGGAGAUGGCUCGUCGUGAGCGCGAGCUCGAAGCAACCAUUCGUCGACCGGCUGAGGCCGAAAAGUUCAAACUCGAAAAGCUCGCCGAAGCGAACCGUAAUCGGGUCGUUCUGGAAGCGGAAGCUGAAGCCGAAGCGAUCAAGGUCCGUGGAGAAGCAGAAGCUUUCGCAAUAGCAGCUAAGUCGAAAGCAGAAGCCGAACAGAUGGCCAAAAAGGCAGAGGCAUGGCGCGAGUACCGUGAGGCCGCCAUGGUGGAUAUGCUGCUGGAGACAUUGCCAAAGGUUGCAGCUGAAGUGGCAGCUCCACUGUCUCAAGCCAAGAAGAUUACGAUGGUCUCGAGCGGAACCGGCGAGGUGGGCGCAGCAAAGCUAACCGGGGAAGUGCUCCAGAUUGUCAACAAGAUACCAGAUUUGGUCAAAUCGAUUACUGGCGUGGACAUUUCACGGUCGGUACACGCUGGUUAGAGCCCCAAACAGGCUGGGCAUCCGCUGCCACUACUAGUCUUGUUUUGAGCCAUAACGAUUUCGAAUCCACAACAACUACAACAACAACAACCAGAACCAUUACCAAAGAUCGUUCGACUGGCAGACGCAGUAAGUUGUACACAGAACGGACACGUACAUACCAGAACAACAGACCAUUUUCCCAGUAAGAAGAGUAAGAGAGGCCAGCAAUACCAGGAUCGGAUGCCCGUAUCCGUUUUGAUUCGUUUGUAUAUUUUUUUGUUCGGUAAGUUUUGUUGCUUUAUUUUGCGUUUUUCUUAUCGGAAAUCCUUAUAUUUUGUAUAUAUUGUUUGUAUAGCUUAAGUUCUGUCUAUGCGGAGAGAACCAGAUGUGCCGAAAAUUUAUAAUUAAGUUUUUCUUUAAGGUUUUUUAAACAAAAAUUUAUUCAAGUCACUCGUUUUGCAAUCACAUUUGAUUUCUACCCUGAAUUCUGGGUAAAUUUUUUGUUCCCCCACCAGUCACAUUCGAAAAACAAAUUGCAUCGGGUCAGCUUCCGAUCGUAGACAUCAUCAUCAAAUUUACAUUUUCCUCUCGCUAUAUGUAUUGAAUUUAUGUGACACUGCCACUGCGUAAAAUAUUUCGGAAAACGUACGAAAUCAAUCACGUCUCUGGAACAAAGGCGAGCACAACAAAACAAGAACUACUUUUCAUAAUAAUAUGUUAAAAUUGCACAAGCACGAACGAAUGAUUGAAGCUGACUUGAUAUUUUUACGUUCGCUGGGAUGUCGUAAAUGGCGCUAGCCCUUUUUGAAAGUACCCCAAAACCAUGUACACAAGGUUCGAAAGUGCAAACUCUGGAUGCCGCAUUUUCGAAAUCGUAAACCCGGUAGUUCACAGUCCAUCCAGACGUUCAACCUUUACCCUUUAAAUGAAUGAUUUCUACCAUACUUUAGUGUGUAGUCUAUUAAUACUAAGAGAUGAUAUUAUAUUGGAGAAGGUAUUCUACUGGGUUUUAAGAGACAAUGUAAUAAGAUGUGCGAUUGCAUGUAGUUUUAAAUUAAAGGCGGCUUUUUUCGAAAUGUUCAUCUAACUCUAGUGCAUUUAACUGAUAUUUUCAUCCCAAGAAGUAUUCUACUGAUCGUACUAGAAACUACUACUCGAGCAACCAAAUGAAUCUAGACGUACAGUAACUGUAGUCGUUAGGAAAUCCGUCGCCAUACUUUGAUUAUUCACUUCGACAUUGAUAUUAACACAAAACCUGAUUGAAAUUUUGAAACACUCAUCAAAUGCACUCAUAUAAAAAGAAUUAAAAUAAAUACAAUAUUUAUCGAAACGCAAAAAAACGAAAGAUAUAUUUUGUACGACAUUUCACGAAUUACGGAUUUCAGAGAAAGAAACAAAUUAAAGACAGAACCAGACCCAAAUAACAUUUAACGAUUCAGCUAGUUCACCGGUAAGUGGUAGAACUUGGCACUAGGUUAGAACAACAUAAGCACCAGCAGUUAAGGGAUCUAAUAUUUCUUUGUGUUUGUUUCACAUAUACCAUCACAAAACAGAAAGCGUGCAAAUAAAAAACCAAAACUAAAAUGUAGUAGCUCUCGAAAACUCCGAGCAACACGGUUUCAAUUGCGAAAGUUUCAUCCACACAAAUACCUACAUCAUUUCAAUUCACUUUUAAACAGUCAUAACAAAAUAUAAAAAAAUUGAUAAUUAUCAACUCAGAGCAAACACAACAAAUGCGCUUUAUGAAUCUCCCUUUGUUUUUCGUCAAUCCCCACAACUUUACCUAAAUGAUAAAUAUAAACUUCAAUUUGAUAUUACUUGUUCACAUACAACACUACACACUAUCCUAUACAUCGACA